UAGUGUUUGGUUUUGUGUGCUAUGUUGAUAAUGUAAACAAAAAUGGCCGACAGGGAAUCCUUGCAAACGGAGAGUACACAGAGUCAGGACACUGAGCAAACAGGGGACACUAACCAAUCCCAUGGGGUCUCCGCGGUGCCGCUCACGGCGGUGUCUGCCUACAAACAUUUACGGGAGUCAGGGGAAGGCCCACACAAUGUUCCACAGCUUCCUUCCCACAGAUUCCAGUACUCUGUAUGGCAUGACCUGAGGGAGGCUGUUCUCACUGGGACAAUGCUGAAAGCCCCCAGGGUCAGAGAAGGUCCCCCAGAGAAAGAAAAAGCAUUCUAUAAAAUGAAAGAUGAGGAAGACAAAGUAAUUCACCAUUCUCACACAGGAUCAACUAGGGAUGCUUACAGAUAUACAAUGGAAAGCUGGGAGAAUGCUACGACUGUCAGCCUGUGUUACCAGGAGUUACACGACUCGUACCAGAGAUCCACGUUUUAUGCCGUCCUUGGGAGACUACAGAACGUGGAACGUCUGUAUCUGACUGACAACACCAUACAGAGUCUGAAGGGGAAGUCCUUCCCAAAAUGUGAAGUGUUGAACCUGAAUCAUAAUUUCAUAUACUCCUUUUCGGAGCUGCCCUCUAUCCCACGGAUUCGCUGCCUGAUGUUGGAGAACAAUGAUAUCAGCUCUUUUUCUGGCCUGUCUAAGCUUUGGUCCUCUCCCAUUGAGGAACUGUAUCUGAACGGAAACCCUGUGAGCUUCACCAUCAACUACCGACCAAAGGUUUUCCAGAUUUUGACCCAGUUAAAGGUGUUGGAUGGAAUUCCCAAACUCCAGUCUGACCUUGAGUUUAUUCCUGUGGUGGAGCUUCCCACGCAGUCUUCCCAGUGUACCAUUCUGUGAAGGUCUCUCAAGGUCAUUUAAUGAGGCAUCUAGCAAGUAACUUAGUCCAGUGAUUAAUACAAAAUACACAUGUACUUCAUCCAUGGAAAAUUUCAUAGCCUUCCAGUAUUGAUGGUGUCUUGUAUUGUAUAUAAUGCAUGUUCAUAUACAUUAAAACAUGGUUUCAGAGAAAUGCUGAUAACGAAAUCACACUUACAGCAAAGUGAUUUUUAGCCGGGCUUAUUGCUCCAAGAGCAAUUG